AUGGACAAUUCACCUUCAGAUGUCCAGAGUGGAGUUGUUGUUAAAGAGGAGCAACAGGAGCAGAGCUGCAGUCUGGACCAGGACCAGGAGCAGGAGGAGCCGGAGUCACCACACAUUAAAGAGGAGCAGGAGGAGGUGUGGAGCAGUCAGGAGGGGGAGCAGCUUGAAGGUCUGGAGGAGGCUGAUAUCACCAAGUUCUCCUUCACUCGUGUCCCUGUGAAGAGUGAAGAUGAAGAAGAGAAACCUCAGUCCUCACAGCUUCAUCACACACAGACUGAACACAUGGAAACAGAAGCUGCUGGAGAGGACUGUGGAGGACCAGGACCUCUCAGGACCGACUGUGGAGGACCAGGACCACUCAGGACCGACUGUGGAGGACCAGGACCACUCAGGACCGACUGUGGAGGACCAGGACCAGCCAGGGCCGACUGUGGAGGACCAGGACCACUCAGGACCGACUGUGGAGGACCAGGACCACUCAGGACCGACUGUGGAGGACCAGGACCACUCAGGACCGACGGUCCAGAAGAGCAGACCGGAGACUCUUCCGAACCGGAGACUGAUGACAUCUUCAGCUGCAGCUCCGUGGAGCGCCGCUUCAGCUGCUCUGAAUGCGGUCAGAGAUUCGGACAGAAGCCGCAACUGGACUCACACAUGCGGAUCCACACGGGAGAGAAACCGUUUGGCUGCUCUUUCUGCGGGAAAAGGUUUUCUCAGAAGGGAAACGCGAACCAUCACAUGAGAAUUCACACAGGAGAGAAACCCUUCAGCUGCUCUGUCUGCAACAAGAAGUUCAUGUUCAGCGGAGACGUCAGCAGACACAUGAAGAAACACAACCGCAGCGUCAGAGACGUUCCCACGGGACCAGAACCGCCACCGAACUCAGACCCCCAAAGUUCUUUAAAACCAGAAACUAACGAGAAACCUUCAGAGCUGAAGACUGAAGUCAGAGACGCUCAGCUGAACACCGACAGGGAGUCGUUCGGCUGCUCCGAGUGCUCCAGAACGUUCCGUCGCCGUGCCGAUCUGAUAAGCCACAGAUGGACGCACAUUAACGAAAGACGGGAAGAAAGAAAGAAAGAGAAACGCUUCAGCUGCCCCUCCUGCGACAAAAGGUUUUUGAGAAAGAGACAGAUGAUCCUGCACAUGCCGGUGCACGAGAUACGCUUCAGCUGUGACGUCUGCAACCGCCGCUUUGCUUAUUACAUGCAGCUCAAAAAUCACAAGUGUGAUUGGCAGGAAGAGUCGUUAAGCUGCAGCGAGUGCGGGAAAACAUUGAGCACCAAGGGAAAUCUGAAGAGACACAUGAGGAUUCACAUGGGAGAUAAACCGUUCAGCUGCUCCGUCUGCGGGGAAAGUUUCCAAGAAAAAAUAAUUCUGAAGGAACACAUGACCAUGCACACCGGAGAGAAACUUUACAAAUGCAGCCUCUGCUGGAAAGGAUUCGAAAACAAGUCGCUCAUCAAAGAACAUCAGUGUGUUCAAAGGCCCCUGGACUUGAAGAAGCUUGUUGAUAGUUCCGUGUUUUCACAGAUACAGGCCGGGGGACAACUGACGAGGACGGACCUCAGACAGAACCAACAUCUGGACAUCAAAGAGGAAGUUGUUUCAGAGGAAGAGGAGAAGGAGGAAGAGGAGGAGGAGGACUGCUGCACUCAUACAGAUUCACCUUCAGAUGUCCAGAGUGGAGUUGUUGUUAAAGAGGAGCAACAGGAGCAGAGCUGCAGUCUGGACCAGGACCAGCACCAGGAGCAGGAGGAGCCGGAGUCACCACACAUUAAAGAGGAGCAGCAGGAGGUGUGGAGCAGUCAGGAGGGGGAGCAGCUUGAAGGUCUGGAGGAGGCUGAUAUCACCAAGUUCUCCUUCACUCGUGUCCCUGUGAAGAGUGAAGAUGAAGAAGAGAAACCUCAGUCCUCACAGCUUCAUCACACACAGACUGAACACAUGGAAACAGAAGCUGCUGGAGAGGACUGUGGAGGACCAGGACCACUCAGGACCGACUGUGGAGGACCAGGACCACUCGGGACCGACGGUCCAGAGGAGCAGACUGGAGACUCUUCUGAACCGGAGACUGAUGACAGCGCAGACUGGGAGGACUCCAGAGAACCUCCGUCUGAUGACAUCAUCAGCUGCAGCUCCGUGGAGCGCCGCUUCAGCUGCUCUGAAUGCGGUCAGAGAUUCGGACAAAAGCCGCAACUGGACUCACACAUGCGGAUCCACACGGGAGAGAAACCGUUUGGCUGCUCUUUCUGCGGGAAAAGGUUUUCUCAGAAGGGAAACGCGAACCAUCACAUGAGAAUUCACACAGGAGAGAAACCCUUCAGCUGCUCUGUCUGCAACAAGAAGUUCAUGUUCAGCGGAGACGUCAGCAGACACAUGAAGAAACACAACCGCAGCGUCAGAGACGUUCCCACGGGACCAGAACCGCCACCGAACUCAGACCCCCAAAGUUCUUUAAAACCAGAAACUAACGAGAAACCUUCAGAGCUGAAGACUGAAGUCAGAGACGCUCAGCUGAACGCCGACAGGGAGUCGUUCGGCUGCUCCGAGUGCUCCAGAACGUUCCGUCGCCUCGCUGAUCUGAUGAGCCACAUGAGGGCGCACAUUAACGAAAGAUGGAAAGAAAGAAAGAAAGAGAAACGCUUCAGCUGCCCCUUCUGUGACAAAAGGUUUCUGAAAAAGAGGCAGAUGAUCCUGCACAUUUCGGUGCACACGGAUGAGAAACGCUUCAGCUGCAGCGUCUGCGACCGCAGCUUCGCCUAUUACAUUCAGCUCAAAAAUCACAAGUGUGAUUGGCAGGAAGAGUCGUUAAGCUGCAGCGAGUGCGGGAAAACAUUCAACCAUAGGGGAAAUCUGAAGGCACACAUGAGGAUUCACACGGGAGAUAAACCGUUCAGCUGCUCCGUCUGCGGGAAAAGUUUCAAACAAAACGGUAAUCUGAAGGUGCACAUGACCAGCCACACGGGAGAGAAACUUUACAAAUGCAGCGUUUGCGGGAAAGGGUUCAACAAGAAGUGGCGCGUCAAAAAACAUCUGUGUGUUCAAACGCAGCAACAGGAAGUUUAAAAUGUUUCCCUAUGAAAAUAUUAAACAUAAGUAAAGAUAAAACAAACUUACUGUCAAUUUCUGUAAAUGCACCAAUAAACAAAAAACUGAUGAUAGAGUUCAUUAUGUUGCAGUCAUCAUUAAAUAUUUUUAUUAUCAAGUUAUUGUGUGUGCUUGUAGGAGCCACUAUCUACUCUCCACCAAGCUUAAUCUUAAUAUUCUUCUGUGUUUUUUUUGGUCGACUACACCUCCCAGAGUUUUGGUCUCACAUACACUAAAAAGGUAUCAAAUCGACCGGCUCGGCCAUGACAAGUGUGCUGUGACUUUUCUCAGGAUUCCGGCAAACAGAUUUUAAAUUGUUCGGCAAAAACACGCCAAAAAAAUCCCCCAAAUGUUACCCCAUGGAGAGGCUAGAGUGCAGAGAGAGAUAAAAAUGUGUCAAAAAAUAAAUUUGGAAACUGCAGAUACCACUCUACAGAAAUAAUUUAUACAAAGAAAGAUAGGAAAUGUGUCUUCUCCCUCACAUUGGUGUGGUAAAGCUGUCAGAGUUCUAGUUUGGGCGUAGGACCACAGAUGAUCCACCAACACCACCCACAGCCUCAUUGACCUCCAUGGGAAAAAGGAGGGAACAUUUCUGGAGGGAAGCUGAGCUACCAGUUUCUUCUGAUCACUCUAAAAAGACAAUUUCUUAAUUUUUCUUCACAAAACACAUAUGGAGACGUUGAGGAAGAACUGAGGAUGCUCAGAGUGAAGUCAGAUCACUGAUAGGAGCUACGGGUUGGACUAAAACGCUUUCUGUUCCAGGGGAAGUUUCAGCUGUUUUUCUGUCUCUCCGUGUCAUGAUGCAGCUCAAAGGAGAUGACAACAACGGGAGAGACGCAGAGCAGAUACAAAACUAGAUUUGUUUAAAUAAAGUAACAGAAGCACGAGGUGUAGGUCAGUGGUUCCAGUCAUGAACAUGAGGGUGAAUUGAUCAUGUAACGUGCUUCAGGUGUUGAGAAAUGGAAAUUAAUGAACGCCAAAGGAACCAACAAGGUGCGGACGCUGGCGAGCUGACAGGCAGCUGGAACACCAGACCAGGUGAUCCAGGUCAGGUUGAUGGCUGGAACACCAGACCAGGUGAUCCAGGUCAGGUUGAUGGCUGGAACACCAGACCAGGUGAUCCAGGUCAGGUUGAUGGCUGGAACACCAGACCAGGUGAUCCAGGUCAGGUUGAUGGCUGGAACACCAGACCAGGUGAUCCAGGUCAGGUCGAGAAUAGGCGGAGCCAACACACCGAGUAGCCUCAAAUGUCACAGAGCAGUUGGUUGCUCUGCUCUGAUUGGUGGACGCCAUCUGGCCCUGGUUGCUUAGCUACCAACGCCAAUGUCUUCAGAAAUGUUCUAGUUGAUCAUUAAUCAUGUGACUUGAUAACAAAGAUUAUUAAACUUCUGUGAUUCUGAAGUCAAAUUG